UCUGUAAUCUGUGGUUCUUUUUGGAUUGGCGUUUACUGAUUAGUGGCUGUAGCUUGGUAAAUUACAUCGGUUUUUAUCUAAUAAAUUUGUUUCCAUCCCAUGAUUAUUCCAAGUUUCUUUAAUUUCUAAAGCCUAGUUGAGGUUUAUUACGUUUAUAUUUUCCAGGAAAGUUAAAAAUGUCUGACGUUGAAAUAGAUGAAGCCCCCGUUCAGAUGCCAGUUUCGGGCAAUUCAAUGGAUGUUAACCAAGCCCUACAGGAAGUACUAAAAAUUGCCCUUAUCCAUGAUGGCGUAGUUCAUGGAUUACAUGAAGCAGCAAAAGCACUUGACAAAAGGCAGGCUGUGUUGUGUGUGUUGGCUGAGAAUUGUGAUGAACCAAGAUACAAACAACUUGUUUCUGCCCUUUGUGCAGAACAUCAGAUUGACCUUAUUAAAGUUGACAACAAUAAAAAAUUAGGAGAAUGGUCUGGUCUAUGUAAAAUAGACAACACAGGGAAAGCGCGCAAAGUCGUUGGAUGCUCUUGUGUUGUCAUUAGGGAUUAUGGUGAGGAAUCACCAGCGCUGGAUGUCCUAAAAGAAUAUCUUAAGAACGCCAAGUGAGAAUGUAUAAUUUUAUAUAUGAUCAAUAAAUUUUAAGAAAACA